AUGGGUGGAAGUUCAGUUUCGUCUAAUUUGCUCGGACUAUUGAUGUGGUCAUAUGGAAAAACACCUUUCUUUGUCACAGCAGAUGACACCACCUGGCAAGAAAGAAUUGAUAAACUCAAGAAAGCACACGUUGAAUGCCAAGUCGAUCCUGCAACCAAGGUGGAUGAAGAUUUGAUUGAAAAAUUCUACAAAGACGAACCUGUCGAUGAAACCAAGUUGGCUAAGCACGCCCUGUGCAUUAACAUGAAAGUGGGAAUCCAAAAACCGAACGGUGACAUCGAUAAGGAGGGUUUCAAGAAAUGGAUGAGCGGUAUUGAUAAUGGGGACCAAAUAAUUGAAGAGUGUGGGAACAAGACAGGUAGCACCGCUGAAGAAACUACACUUGCUCUGUACAAAUGUUUCAGGAAACAUAAACAUGAACAUGGACUUCAUCAUCACCAUGAUUGA